UGGCAGGCAUCUGAUGCCCGCCCAGGCCCAGCUAGUGCCUUCCUCGUGCGCGCGCGUCUCCAUCCACCUCGACGCCUCCGCCUCGCCCAGUCCCCAUCCAUGGCCGCCGGCGUGGUGGGCACCGUGCGGUGGUCCACCGCCUGCUCGGCUGUGCUCAACGCCGCCGCCGCGUCCACCGGCGCGGCCGUCGCGGCCUUCGCGCUCCGGCGGGGAUGCGGCGCGCUCGGACCUGCCGUCGCCGCCGCGUCCGCGGCCUCGGCGGCGAGGCUCCUGGCCUCCGCCGUGGCCGGGUUCGCGCAGGGCGCGGCGGCGGCCGCGAUUGCCGCCGGCGCCAUCGGGGCGCACGUCGACAGAGAGCGCGACCUCCGCCAGCUCUCGCGGCUGAGAUACAAGAGAUGGCUUUGGUGGACAAGGUUUGGGAUGGUAAUUACAGUGCUGCAGUUUGUGUUAGCAUUUUAUCUGAUGUGUAUUAUUAUAAAGGAUUUGUCAGCUGGGAGGUCUUCGAAUGAGUACCUUUCAGGACAAGGUCAGGACAACAGUGACUGGAAGCACAUCUUGUUAAUAUUUUUCCUUGUUGUCAUGUGGGUGGGAACAGUAGUUCAGUGUGCUACUGGUUCAGAUGUAUUAAGAUGGAGGUCCUUUUAUGCAUCCCAUGAUAUUGCAUGGAGGGCUCACUACAGGGAGGUGUUUGAUCAUGGCAUCCGUGAGGCUUUAUGUUGUCUAGGGCGGGUUAAGUACUCGAGUGUAUUAGAAGAUGAUGAUAUCUGUGUCGUGGCAAAAUUAUUGGGCGAUAUUAUGGCUUAUCGUGCAUCUGGAACUGGCCAUCUUGAGCUCAUAGCAGGGUUUUCAUUAUUGCAGAAAGCUAAGCAGCUGUCCACGGUUAUUCCGAAAGAACAAGCGGAGGCUCCUCAGAAUCUCAUCCAAGAAGCUGUUCUGUUUCAUCCGUUUGCUGAAGCUGCCUAUACGGGGCCCCUGCUUGAUUUUGGAAGGAAUCCUCUUAUGUUUCCCUGUGUUUGGCUCAAUAGGCAAGGGGUUUUGACUCCAUGGAGUCGUGCCAGGCGACCAAUCCUUGAAGGAGAUAAUUGGUGGAGAGGGCAUGCAGCCGCUUUCCUAAAAUAUGUCAAUGUGGCUCCAGAAGCCCUUCGAGAAGGUCGUGUAAGCCAGAAAAAACGUGAGGCUGCCUAUUUUGUUGUUGUCCUACAUAAUUUGAAAACAAUAGUCAUUGCCAUUCGUGGAACUGAGACUCCAGAAGAUGUUAUAACUGACGGCUUGUGUAGGGAAUGCUCUCUUACCAUGGAUGACUUAGAUGGCCUGAUCAAUUCUGAUCAGUUGUCUCCUCAAGUGAAGGGUGCUAUCCUCUCAUCUUUUCCACACUAUGGGCAUGCUGGAAUGGUUGAAUCAGCUCGAGAACUGUAUGUAAAGCUUGAAGGGCAGCCCAUUCAUCAAGAUAAGUCAGAAACAGUGACCGUUGGGUUCUUAUCUUCUCUGCUUGGAGCUGGAUGCGAAUGCGAUGGAUACAAUAUUGAGAUUGUUGGACAUUCUUUAGGAGGUGCCGUGGCUGCACUUCUUGGUAUCAGGCUGUAUAGACGCUUUCCAAAACUACAUGUGUUUGCAUAUGGAGCUGCACCAUGUGUUGAUUAUGUGAUAGCAGAUGCAUGCUCACAGUUUGUUACCAGCAUUGUCCACAAUGAUGAAUUUUCAGCGAGAUUAUCCAUGAAUUCAGUAAUUAGAUUACGUGCUGCUGCUAUAAAAGCUCUCUCAAAGGAUACUUCGCCAAAUUCUGCUAAAGUUGUCAAACUAGUCGGUGGAAUCAGGAGCACCAGAAGAGAUGAUGAGAAUUCUGUGGACCAUUGCGCUUCUGCUGGUGCUCUGCAGACAGUGAGUGACCUAACUAAUAAUCAAAUCCGUGGAAAGAAUCUAAUGCAUACUGUUAGAGGUGGUGUAUUUCUCUUUGAUCAAGCGAUAUCUUGCUUAAUAAAUACUCCAAAACGUCGAAUCAGCUCCACUGCGACAAUGAACUAUGAGUUGGGGCGAUCUAGAACAACCUUAACCUGUAAUGGAGAAAAAUGUGUGGUUGCUUCCCACAGUGUUAUGACAGCUUCACAACCCGGAGAACCUAGUAAUGUAUACAGAGAUGACUUGAAUGAAUGUGGACGGUCACCGCAUUCAAAUAAUGGUAUUGAACUCGCAUCAGCUCCUAACGAUCACGUGUGUACAAUAAGUUUGUCUGAAGUGCAGUCGACGGAGGUGUACCUCCCUGGCCUCAUUAUUCAUAUUGUUCCAGUAAAGAAAGGUACUUCUCCGUUGCAGAAGACACUUGUGACUCGUCACAAGAACAAGAGUUACAAAGCAUUUAUAGCAAAUCGGCAGGAUUUUACGGACCUUGUUGUGUCCCGUCGCAUGUUUCUUGAUCAUCUCCCAUGGAGGUGUCAGUAUGCCAUGCAAAGGGUUAUACAAACAUGGAAACAGGACCAGCUAAUUCAGGAUUCAUUGGCUAGAGAGGAUCCUGUCUAAUGUAACAUUAUGCAACUUGCCCUCUUUUUUUUUGUGCUGUACAUAAGCUAGAUAGCUAUGAUCACCUGCUCUUCACAUGACAGACGGCAGUUAUGCACACAUUACUGACAGUUAAGUACAAGUAACAAGGGCAGAAAUGGUCCUUCCACCCGUCCUGAUGAACACUAGUUGAUCUCAGCAUUGUUGUAGUAUUCAGUUUCCCUGAUGGCUAGGUUUUCUCCGAGAUCAAUGUAGACCGACUUUAUUAUUGAGUGACAAAUUUGUAAAGAGUUGAAGCCUCUGCUUAAUCUCAGCAUUGUUGUUGUACUGUUCAGCUUUCCUGAUGGCUAGAUUGCUCCGAGAUCAAUGGAGUCCGCCUUCAAUAUUUAUGACAAAUUUGUAUACUGUACUAAAUUGAAGCGUCUGGUAUCAGCCUCGAGCAGUGUUGUAAUUUUAACACCAGCACACGUAGGCAUCGACUGUAAAAAUCUGAAGUGUCAUGGAUUACAAUGCGCCUACUGAAUAGAAAGCUGGCAUUUUAGUUUC